UUAUUUAAUACGUAUGGAAUUAAGCGAUUAAGUCGGAGCAAACCCGAGAACAAUAUGUUUUGAUCGAGAAUAAGCAUUCGUUGCUGAACCUUGGACAAAAUGGACAUUCAAACUACUUUAAAAGAUCACCCAUCAAACGGAAAAUCCAGAUUGACAUGUAAUCCCAUGAACUUAAAACUUGGCCGCAUACUCGUCGUUCUAAUCAACAUAACUUUACUAGCCGCCAUUUUUAUCACGUUAACUGAAUUUUACGGUGUUUUAAUAUUUCGUGAUGGUGGUUACACGCAAUGGUCGUCUUUCACUAAAUGUUCAGUGAGCUGUGGAGGAGGAGAGCGAAGUCGAAAGAGAACUUGCACUAACCCACCACCAACUAUAGGUGGAGUAGAUUGCGCAAAAUUAGGACCUUCACAUGAAGUAGUGCCAUGUAAUGUGCGCGAUUGUCCAAUACAUGGUGGCUUUGAACGAUGGAGUAAUUUUGGAGAAUGUAGUGUACCAUGCGGAGGAGGGGUACAAAAGCGUGUUCGACAUUGCAUAAAUCCAGUACCAAAGUUUGGAGGAAAAGAUUGCAAAGCACAGGGUCUUGGUAGUUACGAAGAAGAAAGGCCAUGCAACGAACAACCCUGCUCUGUGAAUGGCGGUUACACUGAUUGGACAGAAUGGACAGCUUGUUCCAUUUCAUGUGGAAAGGGGACAAAAUCACGUGACCGAGAAUGUACAAAUCCGAAACCGUUUUCUGGUGGUUCGGAUUGUAACGCUCUUGGUCCAGCUCACGAAUCAAGUGAAUGUGAAAUAGAGUGCCCCGUAAACGGGGGUUAUGGUGAAUGGACGCAUUGGGAUAAAUGCACUGCCGACUGUGGAGGAGGGUGGCACACUAGAACCCGCGCCUGCGACUCUCCUCCCCCUAGUGGAAAUGGAAAGACAUGCGAAGAAAUGGGCUAUGGAAAUAAGGAGGAUAAAAAGCCUUGUCACACCGAGCCAUGUAACAGAGACGGCGGUUAUUCAGCUUGGAGCGUAUGGACAGAAUGCUCAAAAACAUGCGGAGAUGGCCGUAUAGAAAGGGUAAGAAAAUGCAAUAACCCGAAACCGUCGGGGAAAGGAAAAUCUUGCAAAGAGCAGGGCCUAGGUCCAACUAUUGAGAUGGAUGAAUGUAAUUUAAAAGACUGUCCGACAUAAGCACCUAUAACAUUAAAAAGCUAUCAAUCGAAAGAAUGGUUGGAAAUUGCUUUUUAUGAUAGUCAAGACACGAAAUGAGCAGACACAACGAUUUUAAUAUAUACAAAAUACGAUAAAUUGUGAAGUAAUGCGGAAUUUUACUUUUUAAAUAUCAGGAUCGCAGAUAUCAACAUCUCUCUGUAAUUCACGACAAAUUCACGUUAACCUUUUUUGGCACUUACCCCUGCUCAGUUCCGGCUUUGUUAAACAUAGUUUUUUUUUAGUUUAGAUUUUUCUUAGAAUUUUCUCCUUCGUCCCUGGAGCUUUUUGAAAAAAAACUUAGAUAACAAUUCUAAAAGAACAUUUUAAAUGUUGCAGAAUAUUGGAAAUUAGUAAUAAUUCAACUAAUGAUUUAAAUAAUUGAGUAAAAAUAGAUGCACUUCUAAAAAUAGUCCCGUUUUAAAAUAUAUGAACAAAGCUUAGAAGGGAGGUUAGCUUUAAAGUUAACAUUAAUUCAUAUGUUUUGUAAUAUAAAAGUAAAAAAAUUGGAGAAGUUUAUUUUGACACCAAGCCCUA